CAUUCUCUCCUGACGUUUCUCCCACCUCUAUGGCAGGCAUUCCCAGAGGUGUUGAGGUAUGGAGAAAUUUCAUACCUCACAUUCACCAUACCUCACAACCUCUGAGGAUGCCUGCCAUAGAUGUGGGCAAAACAUCAGGAGAGAAUACUUCUGGAACAUGGCCAGACAGCCCCCCUAUCUGUGGAAAGCUGUCCAGGGUGGAAGAAAGAACGAUUGUCCUGGUUGCUUUGAGUUUUCUUGUCUCUCUGGCCAUGUUUCAGAAGCAUUCGCUCCUGACGUUUCUCCCACCUCUAUGGCAGGCAUCCUCAGAGGUUGUCGGGGCUGUUGGAAACUAGGCAAGUGGGGUUUAUGUAUUGGAAUAAUGUCCAGGGUGGAAGAAAGAAUGAUUGUCUUGCUUGCUGUGAGUUUUUCUGCCUCUCUGGCCAUCUUCCAGAAGCAUUCUCUCCUGACGUUUCUCCCACCUCUAUGGCAGGCAUUCCCAGAGGUGGUGAGGUUUGUUGGAAACUAGGCAAAUAGGGUUUAUGUAUCUGUGGAAUGUGUUGUCGAAGGCUUUCAAGACCAAGAUCACUGGGUUUUCCGGGCUGUAUGGCCAUGUUCCAGAAGUAUUCUCUCCUGACGUUUCGCCCACAUCUAUGGCAGGCAUCCUCAGAGGUUGUGUGAUCUGUUGGAAACUAGGCAAGUGGGGUUUAUGUAUAUGGAAUAAUGUCCAGGGUGGAAGAAAGAAUGAUUGUCUUGCUUGCUGUGAGUUUUUCUGCCUCUCUGGCCAUGUUCCAGAAGCAUUCUCUCCUGAUAUUUCGCCCACCUCUAUGGCAGGCAUCCUCAGAGGUGGCGAGGUCUGUUGGAAACGAGGCAAGUAGGGUUUAUGUAUCUGUGGAAAAAUGUCCAGAGUGGAAGAAAGAACUAUUGUCCUGGCUGCUGUGUUUUCCUGCCUCUCUGGCCACCUUCCAGAAGCAUUCUCUCCUGACAUUUCUCCCACCUCUAUGGCAGGCAUUCCCUGAAGUUGGGAGGUCUGUUGGAGACUAGGCAAGUGGGGUUUAUGUAUCUGUGGAAUGCCAAAGGUAGAAGAAACAACGAUUGUUCUGGCUGCUGUGAGUUUUCCUGCCUCUCUGGCCAUGUUCCAGAUGCAUUCUCUCCUGACAUUUCUCCCACCUCUAUGGCAGGCAUUCCCAGAGGUGGUGAGGUCUGUUGGAAACUAGGCAAGUGGGGUUUAUAUAUCUGUGGAAUAAUGCCCAGGGUGGACCAAAGUCGGUUGGAAACUAGGCAAGUGAGGUUUAGAUAUAUAUCUGUGAAACAAUGUCCAUUUCCACAGGAUUUCAUCAGGGAGGAGGAAACCAUGAAAAUGAACAAACUGUGACUACCAGUAUUAAAAUCAGGACAGUAAAUAAAGAACAACACUCAGAAAACAGGGGAAUUCCAGACAGGAAAUAAUCAGGGCAGGGUAACACCUCCCAACAAAGGAUUCCCCGAGGCAGGAAGCAGCCAGGCUUUGAAGCUGCAAGUCCAUUCAGUUCUAAUCAAGGUGGCCAAUGGCCUCAUUCCCACUUGCCUCCAACAGACAAGAAUUCUGGACAUCAAUUCACAUAUAUAUAAAUCCCAAUAGACUUCACAACCUCUGAGGAUGCCUGCCAUAGAUGUGGGUGAAACGUCAGGAGGGAAUGUUUCUGGAACAUGGCCACACAGCCGGGAAAACUCACAGCAACCCUGCUCCAAGUGCCUGCAGAAGGAGGCAGCCUGCCUGUCUGGUUCCCAUUCCAGAGGAGUAUUCCCAUUGCCUGCCUCCCUCAAUCCCCAUGCCCCUGCUUGGUCCCUCACCCUCCCAAGAGGCUGUUUUUUAAAGCCUGGCACCCUUGUCCUUGUGGUUGAUGCACCCUCACUCCCGGGAUGACAAGAGCCCAGCGAAGAAGGAGAAGAAGCGUCCAGAAGGAGCUGAAUUCCGUGGCUUCGGAGCUGACGGCGCGGCAGGAAGAAAGCGAGCAUUCUCAUAAACAUUUAAUUGAACUCAGCCGGGAAUUUAAGAAAAAUGUACCUGAGGGGGUCCGAGAUAUGGUGGCACCCGUCUUAAAGAGCUUCCAGGCCGAGGUGGUUGCGCUGAGCAAAAGAAGCAAAGAAGCCGAGGCCGCGUUCCUGAACGUUUACAAGCAAUUAAUUGAAGUGCCAGAUCCUUCCCCCACCCUGGAGACCACACGAAGCCUCGAAGACCGGCGCCAGCAGCUCCAUUGCCUUGGUCCAGAGAACCCACCUUUGAAGGAGCUGAACCGGCCAUGGAAGAACAACGCUGAGCUCCUGUGCUCCAAAGAGCAAAGAGAGGGGACGCCUCCGCCAGGACUUGCUGCUUCUGCGGGGGGCAGGCCCACCACCAACAGCAAAGCACUCCUGACAGCGGAGACGUUCUUGCUGCAGAAAAAUCAGGCUGAGGAGCAAAAGGACUUUAAAGAAGUACAGAUCACUUUGGCUGCUCGGCUGGGGGAAGCCGAAAAGAAGAUCAAAGUACUUCAUUCUGCACUAAAGACAACACAGACCGAGCUGGUUGACCUGCAUUGUAAAUAUGAUGAAGAAAAAGCAAAGAAGACAGAUGAAGUGGCCAUGAUCAUGGCGAACCUUGAAAAAGCCCAUCAGAGAACCGAGACUGCCCAGCGGGAGGUGGAGACCCUUCGGGAGCAGCUGGCCUCUGUCAACAGCUCCCUUCGCCUGGCUUGUUGCUCGCCCCAAGGAUCCAGCGGGGACAAAAUGAAUUACGCUUUGUGCCCGGGGCCGAGGCUCGAGGCAGCGCUAGCCUCCAAGGAUCGGGAAAUCCUUCGCCUUCUCAAAGAAAUCCAGCACUUGCAAAACACCCUGCAGGAAAUGGAGGAGUCUUCCGCCAGUCAGAUUGCAGACCUAGAGCAGCAGUUGGCGGCCAAGAACGAGGCCAUUGAGAAGUUGGAAGAGAAAUUACGAGCCCAGUCAGAUUAUGAGGAGAUCAAGACAGAACUGAGCAUCUUGAAAGGGAUGAAGCUGGCCUCCUCCAACUGCAGCCUCUCCCAGAGCAUAUCAAAACCCGCUGACACGUUGCUUCUGGAAAAGGACUCUUUCUACCCAUCACAGAAAUACCUUUUGGAAAAGCGAAGCCUCGUCCCCAGCACUGAGGAGGAUCCCUCGGAGGAUGAGUCAAUGAAGGACUCCAUGGGCACCGGGCAGGCCUUCCCUUCCCCACAACUGCUCUCACAUACUCCCCGGGACGACGUGACCUCUCCUCCGCUCAUCCAGCCCCUGCUGAGUCCCGCUGUGGCUCAGGAAGGCUUCUGCCUGUCCCCCUUCCCGAGCCUGAACCCCACAGAGCGGAUAUCGCUGGACUCCCUUCUCCCCAAACACAGGGGUCCUCAUGGUUACAAGAGCGAGACCAGCAGCCUGGUGGCCUUCCCCUCCGCUUUCUAUGCUAAGGGGGCAACGUUGCCAGGAAACUCUGGCCAAGCCCUUCCCGCAAAUGAGCUGAGCCUCCCCAGUGACCAGUCGGAAGGGAGCAAUUUGGGUUCGCCGGACGAUGAGCACCUGGAUACCGCUGAGAUUGCGUUCCAAGUCAAGGAGCAACUGCUCAAGCACAACAUCGGCCAGCGGGUCUUUGGCCAUUACGUCCUGGGCCUCUCUCAAGGCUCCGUCAGUGAGAUCCUGGCUCGGCCAAAGCCUUGGCGCAAGCUCACCGUCAAGGGCAAAGAGCCAUUCAUCAAGAUGAAGCAGUUCCUCUCUGAUGAGCAGAACGUCUUGGCCCUGAGGACAAUUCAGGUGCGCCAGAGAGGUAGCAUUACGCCAAGGAUUAGGACGCCCGAAACUGGCUCCGAUGACGCCAUCAAGAACAUCCUUGAGCAAGCCAAGAAGGAGAUAGAGUCACAGAAAGGAGGAGACACCAAGGGCUCCACCGUGCCCCAGGCCAUGGCCAACGGUGCCACGAGCAGCAACUCGGAAGAUGCCAUCAAGAGCAUCCUCGAGCAGGCCCGCCGGGAGAUGCAGGCUCAGCAGCAGGCCUUGCUGGAAAUUGAGUCGGGCAGCACGAGCAGGCCGCUCCUCACGCCGCCGGUCGAGCACUCCGCCUUGGCCGCCGUCAGCCAGACCAUUGUCCAGGAGUACAUCAAGCAAGAGGAGGGGAUGAUGGGACCCAGCACCAGCAGCAGCAUGGCCCAGGGGCCCCUGACGGUGCUCUCCCCUGCCGCCUUUGUCCAGAGCAUCAUCCGCAAAGUCAAGUCUGAAAUUGGCGACGCCGGCUCCUACUUUGACCAGCACUGGGCUUCCGAGAGGAGCUUGCUGAGCCGCCCGUACACCUCUGUUUCGCCCUCCCUCUCGUCCUCGUCCAGCUACUCCAGCACGGCCAACGGGCGCGGGUGGCAGCGGGGCGAAGCUGCCGAGGCCGUCCCGACCGAGGAGGACCUCCCCACCUCUGAGGAUGAGCCCCACCGGGUGCUGGAGGUCAAACUGGAAACGGUGGGCUCCGAACCCCUCUCCACCAGGCGCCUCUCCUACUACCCAUCCUACGUGCCAAGGACCCUCAAGCCCACCGUGCCGCCCCUGACGCCCGAACAGUACGAGAUGUACAUGUACCGGGAAGUGGACACCUUGGAUCUGACGCGGCAGGUCAAGGAGAAGCUGGCCAAGAAUGGGAUCUGCCAACGCAUCUUUGGGGAAAAGGUGCUGGGAUUGUCUCAAGGCAGUGUGAGCGACAUGUUGUCCAGGCCCAAGCCCUGGAGCAAGCUCACGCAGAAAGGCCGAGAGCCAUUCAUCCGCAUGCAGCUCUGGCUCACGGACCAACUUGGCCAAGGGCUAAGCCAACCGGGCAACCCACCCCAUGACAGUCCUGGAGAGGCCCAGUCUUCACCUUCCCCGUCACCCAGUCUCUCCGAACAAGAGAAAAGCCCUCUGGAGCCCCUGCGCCUCACCUUGGAAAGCAGCAAGGAAAACCAGCACCCGGAGGGCCAGCCGGGCUCCUCGCUCAGCACCAGGAUGGGCCCCAACAGCCAGGCUCCGCUCGGCAUCCAGGAGAUUGUGGCCAUGUCGCCCGAGCUGGACACCUACGCCAUCACCAAGAAGGUCAAGGAGGUCUUGACAGACAACAACCUUGGUCAGCGGCUUUUUGGAGAAAGUAUCCUGGGCCUGACACAGGGCUCCGUCUCUGACCUCCUGUCGAGGCCCAAGCCUUGGCAUAAACUGAGUCUGAAAGGGCGGGAGCCCUUUGUCCGCAUGCAGCUCUGGCUGAACGAUCCGCACAACAUCAACAAGCUGCGGGACAUGAAGAAACUGGAGAAAAAAGCGUAUUUGAAGCGCCGCUACGGACUGAUCAGCGCCGGCUCCGACAGUGAGUCCCCCAACGCCCACUCCGCCUGCCCCAGCCCCAGCCUCCAGACCCAAGAUCUCAGUCUCCUGCAGAUUAAAAAACCAAGGGUCGUCCUGGCUCCCGAAGAGAAAGAAGCCCUGAAAAAGGCUUAUCAGCUGGAACCCUACCCUUCGCAACAAACCAUUGAGUUGCUGUCUUUCCAGCUGAACCUUAAGACCAACACGGUGAUCAACUGGUUUCAUAACUACAGAUCCCGGAUGCGCCGGGAGAUGCUGCUGGAAGGGGCGCAGGACGACACGGAUCCGGAGCCGAGCACAACCCCGGGCGGCUGCCUUCUGAAGGGUCCUGGCUCCGAAGGCGAGUGCCGGAAACCCACUUUCAGAGAUGCGGAGUGUCAAGGAGAGAUCAAGUCGGUGGUGCAGAUCAAGGAAGAGGUGGGUGAGAAGGAUGACUGUUCAAGUCCCCGGGAGCCUUUUGUCUCCGAUGGGGAGAUGGAACCCGGUCUUAAAGAAGAGCAGGCGGAGGAGGCGGCAUGGACGGAAGAUCUGGAGGAGGGGCCUAGUCUCAGUUGGGGCAAAACACACAUAUCCAGGGCUGCCUUGCAUAACCCCGGUGAGUUCGGUGCUGGCGAGCGUCUUGACUCGGACCCCCUGAGCUUUAAAUCCUCUUCGGAGUCUUCCCGGGGCAGCUUAGAGGGCUCCCUGAACUCCCCGUCGGCAGCCUCUUCGCCCGGCCUCCUGAUGUCCGUCUCUCCCAUCCCUUCCGCCUCGGCUCCUCUCUCCCCGUUGCCGCCAAGCGCCGCUGCCAAAGCACAGAGCGAGAGCCCUCCCGCCGGAGCUGGCGCCGUGCCACCCAACGCCAAAGCAAAUACAAACACCCAGCGACGGCAUGAGAAGAUGGCCAACCUCAACAGCAUCAUCCAUCGGCUGGAGAGAGCGGCCAACCGCGAGGAGACCCUGGAGUGGGAAUUUUGAGAGGUAAAAAAUAGAUGUUCAGAAUCCACACACACAAACAAGCACCCGCAUCCUAAACUCCGACAAAGCAGGGAGUCCAGUGUAUAUUGAAAUAGAUCUCUAUAAAUAUAAAUAUAUAUAUAUACACACACAUAUAUAUUUUAUUAGUUCCGUCACGUGCUAAGGAGGAGGCCGGUCAUCUCCGUUUUUGUCGAAGGAGAGUGAUCCGUCGCUGCCCCGUAGCUCCUUUUUUUCUUAGCGCCUGAUGGGAAGUUAGGACACGGACUUCGUUUUUUGGUUUCAAAAAAAAACCCAAAAAACUGGGAACACUUUUAGAAGAAGAAAAAAAAAGAUUAAAAUAAUAUUUAUAGACCUCUUUUAGAUAUUUUAAUAAAAGGAAACUUUGGAAUUUAUUAACAGCUCAAGCUGCUUUGAUAUUAAAAGAUAGCUAUAAACUGUAUCAGUUGUGUCAUUAAAUGUCCACUGAAAAGUCUUGUAGUUUGCCACUGGAUGAGAUUAAAAAAAAUGAAAUGUAAAAUUCAAAGAGAUAGCCCAGGCUCCUUGAUCAAAGCCAUUGAGAAGCACUAUGAGACUGACCAAAUUUUUUGCCCGAGGGGUGCCUUGCUCUCCCCUCGGUUUGUCUCUAAGACAUCGCAUUCAGACGACUUUUCCAGAGACUUGUCUUACAGUCCACGAAGACUCUAAAUUGGGAAGCUGCGUCCGUCGUUGAGUUCUGGUGGUAUGUUUUGAGAGCUUUGUUUUGAAUAUAACACAGGGAAAACAAAGUGUUGCGUGCUGUUGUAUAUGUUGUAGAAAAUAUGUUUGCAAUAGCCUUCCUAAACAAGAUGUAGCAUGGUUUCAGAAGUGACUCCUUAGUCCUGAUGCUUCCUGCAGCUUAGUGGCCGGCCAGAAACGGAGGACACAUCGGGAACGUCGACACAAACAAAACUGACAUCGGGAUUAGAAAAAAAAACAAAACACACACACCCCUCUCAGAAGUGCAGCAUCGUUUUGUUGCAAAAGUUGUGUAUCUGGCAGCUUGCAAAGUCGGUGAUGUGUUUGUUUUCGACAGGGACAGACUUUCAUGAUCAACUGGGAGAAACCUACCAAGGUUUACGUGUCUGUGUGUGUGUCUGUACGCGUGUGCACAUGGAAAUUGCCGUCUUUUUCUCGGUUCAGCAUCUCAUUUGUUGGGUGGAGCAAAAAAAAAAACAUUGGAAGUGUUGGCCAGUUUGGGCACUCAUUUGUUUUUAAAGAAUUUUAUUAAAUUUUUUAUACUACAUCAAAAGGGUGAGAACCACCAAGGUAUAGAAAAGUAAGAAAAAGAGAGAAAGAUAAAAGUCUACAAUCUACAAAAUACAGUAGAGUCUCACUUGUCCAAGCUAAACGGGCCGGCAGAAGCUUGGAUAAGCGAAUAUCUUGGAUAAUAAGGAGGGAUUAAGGAAAAGCCUAUUAAACAUCAAAUUAGGUUAUGAUUUUACAAAUUAAGCACCAAAACAUCAUAUUAGACAACAAAUUUGACAGAAAAAGUAGUUCAAUAUGUAGUAAUGCAAUGUAGUAAUUACUGUAUUUACAAAUUUAGCACCAAAAUAUCACAAUGUAUUUAAAACAUUGAAUACAAAUAUGCGUUGGAUAAUCCAGAACGUUGGAUAAGUGAGACUCUACUGUAGUAAAAUUGUCUCUCGUAAUCUUCAUUUUCUCAAAUUAUCCAGAUCGCCCCAAUUCGUUCUUUUCAUUGUCUUGCCAUUUUCUUGUCUUUCAUUUUUCUUCAACAAAAAAGUCAAUUCGUCCAUAUCCUUUAUUUCUCUAAUUAACCCUCUAAUUAACCCAGGCACUCUUUUUUUUUUAUCGUGUCAGAAGCAAAUUGAGGAAAGUUGCUUCUGCUAUGGGAGAAUUGGCCAUCUUUGGGGGUGUUCUUUCAUGUCCCUGCAUGGGAAGCUAGAGCUGACAAGAGGAGCUCAACCCAUCUCGUACAUGGAUAUACCCAUGCAGCUCUUGCAUGUAUGGGCAGCCUUUAUUCAUUGCAUGGGAGGCCGUGACUCAUGGAUCUGUGACCACAUUUGAUCUAUUAUUUAUAUUCAGGCACCAUCACAUUGGGACAAAAUACUAUUUUUUAACAAAUAAACAACCUUCAGUAUCGCCAAGUUUGUUCAUAGCUACCAUCAACACUCUUGGACAUGGAAUUUAGUUUCCUGAAAAUGAUCGCUUUCAUUAAAUAAUCCAUCCUUGCUUUGGAAAGAAGCAUAAAAUCUAUUCCGUAUGAGGUUUGGUCUGCAGACGGACCAUUAGAUUUUAUUUAUUUAUUUACCGUAUUUAUACCCCGCUCUUCUCACUCUGGAUUCAGAAUGGCUUAUAGAACACACAUACGGCAAGCAUUCAAUGCCGUUAUACAAUUAACAAGGACAGACAACACAAACAGAGGUAAAGGCAAUUUUCCCAUCUUAUUUCCGGCAUCUUGGAGGCUGUGUUUGACUCCAACCAUUUUCCAUGCCGAGGAGCUUUCCUCCAAUCAGUGUCCUUAAGGGCGUCUUUAUUACCUCCCCGUUAAAAGCAGUACCUAUUUAUCUACCCACAUUUCUGCUCUCAACCUGCUAGGUGGGUCUCACCCCGACCCAGGCUGGAACUGCUGACCUUUCGAUCGGCAGGAUUUUCUGCAACACAGUGGUUUACCUUGCUGUGCUAAGCCCGGCUCAAAAAUAGUCAAAGAGUAGUUCAAGCCACAUUUUUGAGAGAGGAUUUUAUUAAAUACUAGCUGUGCCCGGCCACGCAUUGCUGUGGCGAAGUAUGGUGGUAUGGGAAAUAAAUUAUUGAGGAAUUAGUGGUAGUUAAGGUCAAGGGUAAAGGUUUUCCCUGACAUUAAGUCCAUUAUAAAUUACAGUAGAGUCUCACUUAUCCAACAUAAACGGGCCGGCAGAAUGUUGGAUAAGCGAAUAUGUUGGAUAAUAAGGAGAGAUUAAGGAGAAGCCUAUUAAACCUCAAAUUAGGUUAUGAUUUUACAAAUGAAGACCAAAACAUCAUGUUAUACAACAAAUUGACAGAAAAAGUAGUUCAAUAUGCAGUAAUGCUAUGUAGUAAUUACUGUAUUUAUGAAUUUAGCACCAAAAUAUCACGAUGUAUUGAAAACAUUGACUACAAAAAUGCGUUUGAUAAUCCAGAACGUUGGAUAAGCAAAUGUUGGAUAAGUGAGACUCUACUGUAGUUAUAUAGCUGCGUGGAAGGGCCUUGAGUCUACACUGCCAUAUAAUCUAGUUAAAAUCAGAUAAUCUGUAUUUUAUAGGCAGUGUGGAAGAGGCCUAAGUGAGGCCUAACUCUGCCUGUCCCCUGGGCUGAGUGGGUUGCUAGGAGACCAAGUGGGCAGAGCUUAACCUUCUAACUGGCAGCAAUUGGAUAAAAACAAUUCUUCCUCUCCCUCUAAUUAGGACUUUAUUUUUCUUUCCUUUUUGUUGUAUGAACGUAGAUGCAUGGAUGAGGGGUUGUGCUGCCAAGUUUAGUGUUUCUGGGUUGUGUAGUUUUUGUUGUUUUGUCCUAGGCUGAAAUUUCACUACCCUUUUAUAUAUAUAGACUAGCUGUGCCCGGCCACGCAUUGCUGUGGCGAAGUAUGGUGGUAUGGGAAAUAGUCAAGAUAAUCCCGUUCAAAGCAGAUAAAAUAAGAUUAUAAAUGGGUUAUAUAGUUGUGUGGAAGGGCCUUGAGUCUACACUGCCAUAUAAUCCAGUUAAAAUCAGAUAAUCUGUAUUUUAUAGGCAGUGUGGAAUAGGCCUAAGUGAGGCCUAACUCAGCCUGUCCUCUGGGCUGAGUGGGUUGCUAGGAGACCAAGUGGGCGGAGCUUAACCUUCUAACUGGCAGCAAUUGGAUAAAAACAAUUAUACCUCUCCCUCUAAUUAGGACUUUCUUUUCUUUUUGUUGUAUCAACCCAGAGGCGUGGAUGAGGGGUUGUGCUGUCAAUUUUUGAGGUUUUGGGGUGUUUAGUUUUGUUGUUUUGUCCGCUGCCAUGAUUCCAUCACUCUUUUAUAUAUAUAUGUGGAAGAGGCCUAAGUGAGGCCUAACUCUGCCUGUCCCCUGGGCUGAGUGGGUUGCUAGGAGACCAAGUGGGCGGAGCUUAACCUUUUAACUGGCAGCAAUUGAAUAAAAACAAUUCUUCCUCUCCCUCUAAUUAGGACUUUAUUUUUCUUUCCUUUUUGUUGUAUGAACGUAGAGGCAUGGAUGAGGGGUUGUGCUGCCAAGUUUAAUGUUUCUGGGAUGUGUGGUUUUGUUGUUUUGUCCUAGGCCGAAAUUUCAUUACCCUUUUAUAUAUAUAGAUUACGGCACUCAGUGGAUGCAGGGGAUGUGUUACAGAGCUUGCAGUCCACAAUAAAGCAGCUAGAUCUCUUCGCCCAUCUCUUUUGCCCAUUCAUCGCGACAGAGCUUGAAAUAAUUUGAAAAACAAACGUCACUUUAACUAGCAGUAACAGAACAGAAGGUAUAUUGGCAGAAAACCCGCUCCAAAAAUCUGGUAACAUGCCUUCCAAUCUGUUUAUACGUUGCCGUUUCCAUCUGCAAAUUAUUGGAGCGGAUGCAGUAGUACCUGAUCCGGUCUAUUUUGGUUUUCUAAAAAGCCAUAAAAUAUCCCUCGCCCAGUUGUUUGAGCAAACCCGAAUGUUGUCCCCCACUUUUGUCACUCUUGUGCACACUGGAAAGAAACGGAAAGCGGAGUUGGAUUCCCCGAUUUCUCCUGUUGACAUGCUACGAGAGAUGAGCUUUGGUGGAGCAGGAUUUUGGAACUAAGCACUUAGGUAUGAUCUUUUGAACCCGGAGAGAAAUCCUGUUGUACUCCAAAGCGGGCGGGAAUGUGUGUCGGUCACCUUUUCUUAGGUUAAUGUACUGUACUUUGAAAAAAGUUUCUAUGAGAUUGAUUGAACUUUGUUAAGCAAAAAAAAGGGCCACAAGUUCUGUAAAAGAGCCACUAAAAAAAAAAAAGGAAAAUACAGACAUUGUAUAACAA